AGAGAGCGAGAGAGAGAGAGACAUACACACACUGGGACCGAGAGAGUUCAGAGAGAGCUAGAGAGAGUGGGUGAGAGAGCUAGAGAGAGAGCGAGAGAGAGAGAGAGGUGAGGGAAGCGAAGUAAGCGGAGAGGGUUGCCGCUGCGCACAAACAGAGAUUUGAUCUGUGAGUUCGGUGCUAGUCAGUUUGCACUAAGCCACCUACUGCAAACAAGGCUGCGUCUAAACAUAUACCUCUGCAACUUGUUGAAUCGGCUUUAUAAUAUAGAAACUUUGUCAGAGAAAAGUUGAGGAACUUUUGAGUGGGACUGGAUACGACCUUGGACCUAUUUAUGACAACAUUCAAGUGAAACAUUAUUUUUUGAAUGUAUGUUUUGAACAAUUUUAUUUGAUUUAUUAUAUGGGCAAAUUCACAUUAAUGUGAAUCCCUGCCAAAUAAUCGCAUUUGAAUAGACUGAAAAUAACAGCAUAGGGGGAACAACGUCAUUUUUAAAUUAUUUUUUAUUUUUCAUCUCCAGGUGAACGAAGUUAACGAAGAAAACUGUGGAUUAAACAAAGCAGGAAUUCGGACAGAUUUUUUUUCUUACUUGACUUGAAUCGGUUCACUCCGGUGUAUAUGAACGUUUACUAAAAAGCUAUGGAAGUAUCCGCGGACCAACCCCGAUGGAUGAGCCAUCACCACCCAUCGGUGCUAAACGAACAGCAUCCCGGCUCGCACCACCCGGGCCUCAGCCACUCGUACAUGGACCCAUCGCAGUAUCCCCUCGCCGACGAUGUGGAUGUACUGUUUAAUAUCGACUCACAGGGCAACCACGUAUCUCCAUACUAUGGGAACUCAGUUCGAGCCGUCCAGAGGUACCCACCUCCUCCACAUAGUAGUCAGGUGUGUCGCCCCUCUCUACUGCACGGCUCUCUGCCGUGGCUGGACGGAAGCAAAGCAAUGCAGCACCACAGCACUUCCCCAUGGAACCUGAGUCCUUUCCAGAAGAGCUCACUGCACCACGGUUCCCCGGCAGGUCUCUCUGUCUACCCUUCGGCGUCCUCCUCCUCCCUGUCCGGGGGCCACUCCAGCCCGCACCUCUUCACCUUUCCCCCCACUCCCCCGAAAGACGUGUCCCCGGACCCAGGCAUUUCCACUCCGGGCUCAAGCAGCAACAGUCGCCAACAGGAGGAGAAAGAGUGCAUAAAGUACCAGGUGUCCCUGGCCGAGAGCAUGAAACUGGAGUCUCACAGCCGGAGCAUGGCAUCAAUCGGAGCCCAAUCCUCCGCACACCAUCAUCACCCCAUCGCCACAUACCCAUCCUAUGUCCCCGAAUACGGCCCAGGCCUCUUCCCACCAAGUAGCCUGAUAGGUGGGUCAUCUUCUAGUUAUGGUUCCAAAACAAGACCAAAAACAAGGUCAUGUUCAGAAGGUAGAGAGUGCGUUAACUGUGGAGCUACGUCGACCCCGCUCUGGAGGCGGGAUGGCACUGGUCACUAUUUGUGUAACGCCUGCGGACUCUAUCACAAGAUGAACGGGCAGAAUCGGCCCCUCAUCAAACCCAAGCGACGACUGUCUGCAGCAAGACGGGCAGGAACAUCAUGUGCAAACUGUCAAACGAGCACGACAACACUGUGGCGAAGAAACGCAAACGGGGACCCCGUGUGUAACGCUUGCGGUCUAUACUACAAACUGCACAAUAUCAACCGACCUCUCACCAUGAAGAAGGAGGGCAUUCAGACCAGGAACAGGAAGAUGUCCAGCAAGUCGAAGAAGAGCAAAAAGUCCCACGACAGCAUGGACGACUUCUCCAAGAGCCUGAUGGAGAAGAGCAGCUCGUUCAGCCCCGCCGCUCUGUCCCGCCACAUGUCCUCCUCCCCCUUCUCACACUCCGGCCACAUGCUGUCCACCCCCACGCCCAUGCACCCCUCCUCCUUCGCCCCUCACCCCCACUCCAGUAUGGUCUCUGCCAUGGGCUAGAAGAGCCCAACGGUACCACCCACCUCCCAAAACCCCUCAAUCAACAACUAACCCCCCCAUCCUCUUACCCCCAGUUCUCUUCGCUUACCUGAA